UUAAAAUUAAAAACUCGCAACCAAAUGAUUACAUGUUAAGGAAUCAUGAUCCACCCAAACACCAUUCUCUCUCUGUUACCAAAAUGUAAAACUUUGCUACAAUUCAAAACCUCACACGCAUUAAUUCUCACAACCCCAACAACCAUUAACACUAAAAUAAUCCCUUUAAGCAAGCUUAUUGAUUUCUGUGUUGAUUCACAUUUUGAUGAAUACUUCAAUUAUGCAAAUUUAUUAUUCCGCCAAAUUCAUUCACCUAAUGUUUAUAUCUUUAACUCUAUGAUAAAGGGUUAUGCCAAAUCUAACAACCCAACAAUGUCAUUGCAUUUGUAUAAACAAAUGCUGCAAAAUGGUUAUUCCCCUGAUCAUUUCACUUUCCCAUUUGUACUUAAAGCAUGUUCUUUUAUUUAUGAUCAAGUUAGUGGAAAAUGUGUUCAUAGUUGUAUAUUGAAAUCUGGGUUUGAAGCAAAUGUUUAUGUUGCAACUGGGUUGCUGAAUAUGUAUGUGGAAUGUAAGAAUAUGGAAAGUGGGUUGAAGGUGUUUGAUAAAAUUCCUAAGUGGAAUGUUGUUGCUUGGACUUGUUUGAUUAAUGGGUAUGUGAUUAAUGAUCAACCACGUGAAGCUUUGGAGGUGUUUAAGGAAAUGGGUCGUUGGGGUGUCGAGGCUAAUGAGGUUACGAUGGUGAAUGCUUUGAUUGCGUGUGCUCGUUGUAGAGAUGUUGAUACUGGGAGAUGGGUUCAUGAGAGGGUUUGUAAGGCGGGGUAUGAUCCUUUUGUGUUUGCGUCUAAUAGUAAUGUUAUUCUUGCAACUGCUAUUGUUGAAAUGUAUGCGAAAUGUGGUUGGUUGAAUGUUGCGAGAGAGUUGUUUAACAAAAUGCCGGAGAGAAAUAUUGUUGCUUGGAACUGUAUGAUUAAUGCAUAUAAUCAAUAUGAGAGGUAUAACGAGGCGCUUGGUCUGUUUUUUUAUAUGUUGGCUAAUGGAUUUUGUCCUGAUAAGGCUACCUUUUUGAGUGUGUUGAGUGUUUGUGCCCGUCGGUGUGUUUUGGCAUUGGGAGAAACGGUUCAUGCUUAUCUAUUGAAAAGCAACAUGGCAAAAGAUAUUGCCCUUGCAACUGCUCUUUUGGAUAUGUAUGCCAAAAAUGGUGAAUUAGGAAGUGCGCAAAAGAUUUUUAAUAAUAGUUUGGAAAAAAAGGAUGUAGUGAUGUGGACUAGUAUGAUAAAUGCUUUAGCCAUACAUGGUCAUGGAAAUGAAGCAUUGAGUUUGUUUCAAAUAAUGCAAGAGGAUAGUUCUCUAGUCCCUGAUCAUAUUACUUACAUUGGAGUUUUAUUUGCAUGUAGUCAUGUUGGAUUGGUCGAAGAGGCUCAAAAACAAUUUAACCUUAUGACAAAGAGUUAUGGUAUACUGCCGGAAAAAGAGCACUAUAGUUGUAUGGUUGAUCUUUUGAGUCGGGCAGGUCAUUUUAGAGAGGCGGAAAAACUAAUGGAGACAAUGUCAAUACGACCAAAUAUUGCCAUAUGGGGUGCUCUUUUAAAUGGUUGCCAGAUUCAUGAAAACAUCCCUGUUGCUAGUCAAGUGAAAGUACGAUUAGCAGAGCUGGAACCUAUUCAAAGUGGAAUUUAUGCUCUUCUAUCUAACAUAUAUGCUAAUUCUGGAAAAUGGGAAGAGGUAAAUAGGACUAGAAAAAUGAUGAAGCAUAAAAGGAUUGCAAAGACAAUUGGUCAUAGUUCAGUUGAAAUGAAGCUGUUAACCUUAUGAUUAUCUCAAGAUUCAUUUGUUGUCUCAAAUUAUAAAGUAGUGUUUGAUGGAGUAGCUUCAACAAAUGAGUGUUUUGAAAUGAAAAUCAAAACCAUCCUGGAGCAUCAGUUCAUUUCCUUUCACCUGCCUUGGUCAAUUUGUUCCAAUUAACAUCAAGGUCAUGUUUACUCUGGCAUUGAUGAGGUUCUUGAGUGUUUGGAUGGGGGAUCUCUCUGUGACCUAGUUCUCUCUCGCGCCCACUCUCUCUCUGCAACUAACUUCCUCUACUCUGCUUGUGCUGCUCCAUCUGUCCCGGAAAAAUUUCCCCUGAAAUUGCAUUUUGCUUAAAAAUAUAUGCACAAACUACACCAAAUCCACACUGACCUGAAGCCAGAAUAUACUGUUUGUUUCUUCCUAAUAUGUGAAGCUUCCUAAAUGCAAGCAGGGGUGUAGAAAAAUAUUUCAAACAGGGAUGACAACUAAGAUGACCUGAAGGAGCUAUUUCAAGGGAGAGCAUAAUUGCAGUGAAGAAGUGUGGUCAUCUAAAGGUUGGUUUAGUUCUUUUUCCCUGUUCGUAGUUUGCUGCACUGGUUAAUCUAACCCAAAGUUAGGAUGGAAGGCCAUCUGUUUAAUCCAGCGUUCAAAGGAUUCAACUACAUGUAUAUUAUGGCUUAGUCUAGGGUGGAUGAGUGAAGUAAGUCAUACACGGUGGAUGAGUAAUGUGAACCGUUGGAUGAGUGAUGUUAUGAUGCACCAUCAGUAGGUUAUACAUUUCUUUUCUCUCUCUUUCCACCAUCUCUGUCAUCUUUCCAUGCUUUACCCGUUCCUUUCUUCCUUCUACACCAUAACCAAAUCCUCUUUACAUUCCCUCUCUUCCCAUCACAGAUAAAGACUUGAUCAUAUUAUCCAUGACUAUUGAUUGAUCUAGAAUAACUUGAUCCGGACAAGAUACUCAUCAUUGUUGAAUCACUGAACUUAAUUGAAGAAAACACAGAAGUCUAUAGGUUUUAGCUGGGAUUCUACAACAAGGAUUCAUGGUAGGAAUUCCAAUAUUUUUUUUAAUGGACAAUUUGGAGGUACGAAAAAUCAAAACUUUUUAUAUUCUAUAAUGAUAGUAACAUAAGAUCUUAGAAAGGGAAGAUUCAAAUUUCAAAGUUGGUAGCUAAAAUAAAUUAGGAGAAAGGGAGCAGAAACAUAGACAGAUGGGGAGAGAUAUGUAUAUUAACUUUUUUAUUUUAUUUUUUUGGCUUUCGCACCUGUUUCCGACCCACCAAAGGUGGACGACUAAUCCGGCUCAUGCGUAGAGGCAUGCGCACUGGCCAAGCGUUGUUCCCCCUGGGAAUCGAACCCGGUAUUCUGAGAAAUGUAUAUUCUACUGACAGUGUAUCGUAACAUCACUUAUCCGACGGUUCACAUUACUUGCCCACCGUGGAUGACUUACUUCACCCAUCCACCCUAGCAUCCGCCGUAUAUUAUUAGUACAUUCAGUAUGUGUAGUUAGGGACUGUAACCUGUUACCCUCUUGGUGGUAAAGGAACUGUAAAGUUCGAUGUAUUACAAUUUCUCAUAUAUAAAAGACCUAAUUACCAAAGUUGUGAAAUAUCAGUUGCUAUGUUAUAAAUGGAGAUGAGUGCUAGCUGACCUAAGUUAUUGUUAUUUUUGUACCGAAGAAUGACAAACUGCGACUGUGGUGAUCAGCUGCGACAACAGACAAAUGUGUUGUAUGAAAGUGUUAAUUGGAAAUAUUUGUUUUGUAAAAAAUAGAAUUUGUAUA